AUGGCGCAGCGACGGCUACAGGAGGACAUGCAACGGCGUCAUGAGGAACAGAUGCAAGCACUCCUAGCAUUGUUCAAACGGCAAGAGAAGGGAUACAAAACAAAACUAUGGACGGACUAUUGGUCACAGUUUAGCACGUACGUGGAGGCACACGCUGUCCCAGAUGAACGAGUAGUACACGUAUUCCUGACUAACCAAUCUCCAGUAGUUUACAAGACGAUAGCAAAUCUAGCAAGUCAACGAUCUUCGCCUACCGACAUCAACAAGUUAUCGGUUAUGGAAAUCCAUGAUCAUAUGAUGGAUCAAUUCCAUCCUAAACGUUCCGUCGUACGAGAACGCUUCAAGUUCUGGACAGGGAUGGAUAGAAAAGCAGGUGAGAAAGUGCACGAACUUGCCGCUCGUAUACGCCAGGACGCUGUCACUUGUGAGUUUCCUUCGAUUAAGGAUCCGCUAGACGAGGCUAUGAGAACGAGUUACAGACGACGAACUGACUUUUGCUCGCGCAAUCCAAUUGGCUAUAGAGACGAAAGAGGCAGCGAAGGUGGCCUAGGAACUGUCUAUGGUCAGCAACCGAAGCUCGUGAACGAAGUGCAGCUCAGCAAGAAGACGCCCAGGCAGGAGUCCAAGCCUUGUUAUCGAUGCGACAAGACCGGUCAUGAUCAGCAAGAUUGCCGUUACAAAUAUUCUACCUGCAAUUACUGCAAGAAUAAAGGGCAUCUUGAGGCUGCAUGUCGAAAGAAAAAGAAAGCUAUCAGCCCUGAAAGAAAAAUGCCAGAAGUAAAAACGAUCCGAGCAAUAUUAAAAGGAGAACGGAACAGAGUACCUGAAUUGCAGCUACCCGUUAAGCUAAAUGGAAGUCGUACCUUCGAUUUUGAAGUGGAUAUUGGUGCUGGUGACAAUUUUCUGGGUAACAAUACAUGGAGGGAUCUCGGUCAGCCACAUUUGACUAAAUCGCAUCGACAAUUUGAAUCAGCGAGUCAGCACAAAUUGCCAGUGAAAGGAUGUGUUACGCUAAACUCUCAGGUGACACAACACAAUUUUCCUUCUUCUCAAAUGAAAGCACUGGAUUUUCAGGUGACUGAACUGACAAAUCUCAACUUACUAGGUACAAACGGGAUCCAAGAACUUGGAAUUUCGGUGGAUGCUCUUCUCAACAGGAGCAAUUCAUCAGCUACCAUAAAUGUCAAUACAGUGUUUGAUGACCUCAAAGCUGACAGAGAACUGCAGAAAGAAUGCAGACAAUUUUGUGAAUUCCCAGACUUAUUCAAGCCGGAGUUAGGCACACUAAAGAACGUAGAGCUGGAAAUCAAGUUCAAGCCCGAGGCGGAACCUGUUUUUCGCAAGACUAGAUCAGUCAGUACCUUUGCAAUUGCUAGAAGACCUUGCUCAGAGCUAUGA